AAAUGUAGCUGAAUAUUAGACAUUUGUUGAAUAAUUAGUAUAGAAAUGCAUGUUCGACUGUCUCUCUGCUCCUGUUGACAGAAGAUAACUACAUGGUGAUUGAUAAUAGUCUGACUGUUAAUCACUUUAUCUCCAAAGGCUGAUCUGGAAAUUAUCCUCAAAUGCUUUGAGAAAGGCUGUUUUUCUGCUGUCUACACCUGGAGGCUUGGAAAGGAGUUAGAAGGAGCUGGCAAGCUGAGGAGUUGUCAUCAUGCCCAAAAGAAAAAAAGAAGAAAGGGAGACAUGCUGCCUUUUGCCCACUGAACGCCCAGACCGCCCUCCUUCCUGUCAAUGAGGCACCGAGGAAAGUAUUCAGCCAGACGAUGGAGCCUGGGGGGACCAAGAUGGCCUUGCUCAGCAACGUCCUGGCAGCCUAUUCCUUUGUCACAGAACUAAGCAACACAACAAGAAAAUCCACUGAGCCCCAGAAACAAGACGCAAUAUUGACAUCCCUCCAGCACGAUGGCAGUCAAGAAAAUCCAGAUCCAUCCUGUAAGCCCUCCCAAGAAGCAGAGCCUUCUGGCUUCUCAAAAUUCCUCUUCAGCCUUCCUAAGCCUUCCAGUGAACCUCCACCUGAAACAAAUCUGGUAAAAGAAAGCGACCAAUUUGUGGAGGUCCAACUGCAGAAGACGUCCUCUCGAGAUAAUGAGAAUUCAGACACAGAAUGGACAUUUUAUCCAAGUUCCUUUGGUCACACUUAUUACACGGGGAAAAAGUGUUUCUUUGAGGGUGUACAUCUCAGAAGCAAAACCACAACAACUGAAAGGACAGUGGAAAUGUGCUUUGGAAAGAAGAAAUAUGUGACUGAAGAUGCCUCCAGAAAUGGUAUUCCAUUGGUGACACUGGGAGACCACCCGUAUGCCUAUCCAGAACAAAGCAAAGACUUCCACAAAUUGGGACCAACCGUGCCUCCAGUGAAUUUUGGGAGUUCCAAGUAUAUAAAGCAGUCAGAUACAUUUAUUCCUCUGCAGCACUUGCCAGGAGUUCCUUGCACCCCUUUCCGUGUAAAGGAGAAGCAGCAAGAAUUAGAAAGGGAAAAAAUGGAAGUGAAACGCCUAGACAUUUGGAAGCCCGCUCCAUCUCUGCUGCAGGCUUUGUUUACAACUGGACCGACCAAAUGAUCAACUUUUCAAUAAAUUUAGAAGCAAAUGCAGCUUCUGGUUGCAUGUCAUAAGGUCCCUGGGAAUAUACCUGCUAACAAUUUACUGUCUUAGAUAGAACAUUUGUCAUUAUUUGUAGAAGCUGCUUAUGCCCAGGUACAGGUUUCUUUAAAAAUGAAAUUAGAUGUUAGCCAUUUUAGUAUAAAUCACGUUACUUCCUUGAAACUAUUAGUCUGCAUUCACAAAUGAAAAUAAUACACUUUACGCUUGCUCAGUGGUACUCUCAUCUAUUCAAAGUUAAUAUGUUCUGAGGCUGAAUCUAGACAUUAAAUUAGAUGCCAACGGUUUGCAUAGCAGAUUUGCAUACAACUCUUGUACGGAAAGUGGGCAUGGAACAGAGAAUUUAGAGUUGGAAGGAACUUGGAUAUCAUCUCAUUCUCUUCUGAUAAUUUCAGCCAAGGAUUUUCAGGCACUUGUGAUGUGAUAUCCUCUUAUGGUCAUUCUAGGCAGUGGUUGCUAAGCUGAGAAGCUGCAGAGAUCCAAGCACUAUGAGACUCUUCAAUAAAUGCAUACAAUUAAAAACCA